AUGCUGUCUCAUAUCAUCUUGGCACUUGGCCCCGUGGGCGCUCUUGCGGCUUCUGCAUAUGCGCCUGCAUCCAGCACCUGCCCCUCUGGCAGCCUCGUGCGGUCCGCCGAUGGCAUCUCGGACUCGGAAGCAGCCUGGGCCGCCGAGCGCAAGGGUGUGACAGACUCAGCACUCAAGAGCUGGCUUGAGACCGCUCUGCCCGACGUGGACACUUCCAGCUUGCCGACACUGGCCCUCUCGGUGUCCGGCGGUGGAUUCAGAUCCCUGCUCACCGGCGCCGGUGUGGUUCAGGCCUUGGACGGUCGGGAUAGCGAUUCCAGUACGACCGGUCUGUACCAGGCUCUGACGUACCAUGCAGGCCUCUCAGGUGGUGCCUGGCUGCUGAGUGCCAUUGCUGCGGGCAACUGGCCCACGAUUUCCACCCUCCGCGACAGCGUGUGGGAUGCACAGUUCGCGGGAGGAAUUUUGAACGCAAGUAGCGCUACGACAGUGGGCGACUACCAACAGAUCGCUGCGGACAUCAUAGCAAAAGGCUCUGCUGGCUUCCCAGUGUCGCUGACCGACCCUUGGGGACGGAUGCUCUCUUACCAGAUCAUGUCUGGCAGCGAGGGCGCAGUCGACUUCACAAUGUCGGACAUAAGCUCUCUGCCAACCUUCACGUCGUUUAACGCUCCAUUCCCAAUAGUGACCGCCUCCAAGAUCACUCCUGCCAGUGGAGAAUGUGAGCCGCCUGCAGAUGGUGCUGUCUACGAGUUCAACCCAUUCGAGUUUGGAUCCUGGUCUGACGAUAUUUCCGCCUUCGUCCAGUCUGAAUACCUGGGCAGCAACAUCACCGCGGGCUCUGCUUCUCAGUGCGUUACGGGGUUCGACAAUAUUGAUUGGGUCCUGGGAACGUCUUCCAUGCUCCUGAAUGAGUACAUCUGCAACGCAAGCCUCGGCGUGGAUGUAACUACUCUGUUCCCCAGCAGCAUGAUCACAGUCGUCGAGAAGUUCACUUCUGCUGAUGAGUAUGGCUACUCAUUGCUGCCCAAUCCUUUCAAGGGGUUCAACUCGACGACCGCCACCAAGCCCAGUACCAUAUCCAGCUCCAACAACUUGCACCUUGUCGAUGGUGGCGAAGCCGAUCAUAAUGUCCCUUUACUGCCCCUUCUCGAGCCAACACGUAACGUGAGCGUUAUCAUCGUCAACGACAAUUCCAAUGACGAGGGUGGCUUCCCCGACGGGACUCAAGUUGUUGCUGCAUACGAGGCCACACGAACUGGCCGCCUGGCUGGCCGCUUCCCCGCUGUUCCUGCUGCCGGCGAUUUCAGCACUUCUCGAGCACAGUUCUUUGGCUGCGACGAGCCAGACGCCGUCACCGUCGUAUACCUGCCAAACUCGGAGUGGACGUAUGCCUCCAACACGGCCACAUUGAAACUGACGUACACCUCGGACGAGACGAAUUCCAUGAUCUCGAACGGCAAUGAAGUUGCGACACAGGGCAACGAUGAAUCGUGGGGGGCCUGUCUUGCUUGCGGAAUCAUGCUCAAGGAGGUUGGGAAAUCGAAUCUACCCAGCGGGUGCGAGGCUUGCCUGGCAGACUAUUGCUGGUCUGCCCUCGACCACCGCCUCAGCGGCGAUGCCGUUUUCCCCGCCGCCGUAGAGGACUGCAAAGCAGCUGUCAGGUGGCUGCGCGCCCAUGCAGCGGAGUACCGGCUCGACCCGGGUCGGUUUGUCGCCUUCGGAGAGUCCGCGGGUGCGCACCAUGCCUCAUUUCUGGGCGUUACUUCUCCAGCCGGCGUAGGCGACGAGCUCGAUGUUGGCGACCACCUGGGUCAGUCUAGUGCCGUCCAGGGCGUUGUCGACUAUUACGGCCCGUCAGACUUCCUGCAGAUGGAUGCCCAUGCCCCGGCAGGUGGGAACAAGCAGAAACAUGACCCACCCGGGAGCCCGGAGUCCUUAUAUGUGGGCGCGGUGGAUGGAAUCCAGAAUGAACCGGAGAAGUCGGUGAGGGCGAACCCCAUUACCUACCUUUCAGCGGCUAAGGCGAAAACUGUCCCGCCAUUUUUCAUUGCACAUGGCGUCAAUGAUCGCGUUGUGCCAUACCAUCAAUCAGUCCUGCUCCACGAGGCUUUGAAGGAAGCGGGUGUACCAGUGACGCUUCACCCCGUGGAAGGCGUGGACCAUGUGUUUGAAGGAAUCUCUCGAGAACAAAGUGAAGAUCUGGACAAGAAGACUGACGAAUUUCUGGCUUCUAUCUCUCACUGA